UGCGCCCGCGCCGCCCCCACCAGUCAGUAAUAAACUAGCUUCGUUACAUACCGGUUGUUGGUCAUUUCGCACCCCAAGUACUUCCCACUGGCGACGAACGGACGUUUACCGCGUGUGUGUGAUUAUAAUUUAAUCUGUUUUUAAAUCAUGUCAAAUAUCCUCGGAAGUUUAACCGCGUUUGACCACAAUUCCCAGGAAUGGGAGAUUUUUAAAAGCAGAUUAGUGCAAUAUGUUAAGUUAAAUAAGGUGACCGAGGACAAUAAGUGUGCUUUGCUUUUAACUCAUUUAAGUGACGAGACAUACCGACUGGUAAGGAACUUAGUGCAUCCGAAGAAGGUCGAGGAUUCUAAGUUCGAGGAGCUAGUAGCUGCGUUAGAUAAACAAUUAGCGCCAAAACGUUGUAUUUUCGUCGAACGGGCGAAAUUUUACGAGGCGACGCGUGACGUUGCAGAAAACAUCGAACAAUGGGCGGCUCGAAUAAGUGGACUUGCUGUACGCUGCGAGUUUGGAGCCCCCUUGGAUGAGCUGCUUAGGGACAGAUUCGUGCUGGGGCUGAGCGUAGGCCCAGAGCGCGACCGGCUGUUCGAGCAGGAUGCUGCCACGUUGACGUUCGCGAAGGCCGUGGAAGUGGCCCAGAAGGCUGCGUAUGCUAGAAGCGCACGUACUACGUCUGUUCCUGCUGCCGUCGUGCAAGUGAAGCAGGAGCCGAUGUACCGGGUUGGUACUAGUCGCCCUGGUACCGGGGGGUCCUCCGACUCUCGACGCUGCUCCGUGUGCGGGCUUAAGAGCCACGACGCAAGUAAAUGUAAAUACAAGAACUACCGCUGCCAGGUGUGUGGACAAAAAGGGCACUUAAAAAAGGUGUGCAGCGCUGAGAAGGCGAAACAGUGUCGUGUUAACUGCAUUCAAGCUGACCUUGAUGGAUCAGCUGAGGUCUCUCAGAGCGCUGAAGGUUGCAAGGAGUGCGAGCUAUUUAACUUCCCAAUCAGGCAUCACUCGAAAUGA